GCGCUCGCCAGCGGGGAGGAGCAGUUCCAGCUCCUGUCCUCAAUCAGGCCUGCGUCCCUUCUCUUCUUCCUCCCACUUCGCUUCCCGCCCUCGAUGCCUGCAGAGCUGGGUAUCGCGGCAGCCAGCACCAGUGAUAGCAAGAGACAGGCGACAUGAGAGACUGGGCUACGUGCUCCAUCAAAGAACUUACUGGUAGAAGAUAUACUCUCGAGUGAGAUUGGAGGACAUUUCAAGAUGGCCAAAGACGAGCCGCCAAGUGUCUCCAGAGACUUAGAGGUGCUGCGAAGGAAGCUGUGCUUGCUGCUAGAUUCCUUCCAGAGCAACGCAAAGGUGGUUGCCUUCAUGAAGUCCCCGGUGGGUCGGUACCUGGACAGGCAUCCUUUCCUGGCUCUCACCGUGCUGAUGUUUGUUACCAUGUCAGCUAUCCCUGUUGGCUUCUUCCUGCUCAUCGUGGUGCUCACCGCCCUGGGUGCUCUCAUGGGGGCCAUAUUACUGGAAGGACUGAUUAUCUCUGUGUGCGGCCUCUCACUGCUCUGCAUCCUCUGUGGCUUGGGCUUCGUGUCGCUUGCCAUGUCAGGGAUAGCCAUGAUCUCCUAUGUGGUAGUGUCCUGCCUCAUGAACUACUGGUUUUCUCCCAGGUUUUGUUUUUAUUGGAUAAUCAAGAGAUGGAGACAGCCCAGGAGGGCUGGUACAACCACUGUAUGGUGUCACCAACAUACCGAGUGCCUUCUGCCUUUCUUCGCUGCCAUCCUUAGCCUGUGGGUUUGCCUCCAUAUGGCCGUAACUGGUACAGCUCUCCAGGCCCCUGACACAGCAGCAUGCCAACACCAACUGUCAGCUGGCUAUGAAGUCUGCAGACUUUGAGGGGCUCUACCAGGAAUGACAGGCCAUACGGAACCAGAGAUUGCUUCCUAAGCAUGCUGGGAAAGCUCUUCGCCUCUCUGCUUGGGUCAUAGCUCAGAGAGAGGGCUGGAUGCUUGCUCUGCUGCACUGCUCACUGUGUCUAAACUGCAGUGGCCGGAGCCACCUCCCCAGCCCUCCCCAGCCCUUCCCAAUCCCCAGUAUGCAGUCUUGACCUUAGCAGAGUCCCAGGCUUCUAGAACUGGGAAGCUGGACCACCAGGGCCACUGGGUUGAGUCCUAGGUCCCAUUUGGGGUAAGGUCACUUGUUUUUGAAGUUUAGUUUCAUUUUAUUGGGCGGGGGGAGGAUGAAGAAGAGCGUUUUCUCCAGUCAUUUGAAAGAAGAGGCAAAAGAAAUAACCCAAAGAGAGUCAGCUCUCCUGCCUGUAUUGCUUUUCUAUCAGAAAGAGCAGCAACAUCUGGGGAUUGUGGGCUGAAUUGAAAAGCAGUCUUAACCUUGCAGCUAGGAGUCUUUUAGUCUCAAGGCCUAGUUGUGGAGUGCCUUGAUCGUCGGUGUAUUGGUACUUGAUAUGUUUAUAUUGUUUUUAAAAGAAUUUGCCCUGUCAAGCCAUUUCUUGACAAACAAACCAACCAAGCACAUACUGAAGACUACAAAGCAAACAAACAAGCCUGUGUGGUUUCCUCUUUACAGUUAUUAAAUAUUUAUUUGGUUCUUG